ACUCAGUCGGAAGGUAACUCCGUGCGUAAAAGCUGCAGCGAGCGAGGAAACGCGCGCUCUUGCAUCGUGCAAAAGAGGAGAUUAUAUAUAUAUAUAUUUUAACUACACUGCCUGUGCACAGUUAUGCAUUAGAGGGCUCAACAUUACGGUGAAUAUUUAUCAUUUUUGGUUCUGAUUUGUCUGCUUUUGUAUGCUGUCAAACGUGCCCGAUGCCGCCCACGAGAGCGGAUUGCGCCCAUCAAUCGCUGUGAGAUAAGUCAUCAAGGUGCAAAUGAAGAAGAAUAAAAGUGCCAGGUAACUGUGGAUGCCGGAUUUAACUGGAGGGCAAUAGAAAACACAGCAACAAAGAACCAUCCACUCCAACUUAUGGCGUGAAGGGCCUGUGUCUGGCCUGCAUCACUCACAGCUAAUGGAUGUCUUUACCCACUAUGCCUACAAUGACAGUUUCUAUGACAAUGGAACAUGGGGCUUCAACGAGACGGAGCAAGAGCAGAAGCACGAGUACAACUACUACGCCAUGCUGCUCACGCUGCUCAUCUUCGUCAUCGUGUUCGGCAACGUGCUCGUGUGCAUGGCCGUAUCUCGGGAGAAGGCUCUGCAGACCACCACCAACUACCUGAUCGUCAGUCUGGCAGUCGCUGACCUUCUAGUGGCUACACUGGUCAUGCCCUGGGUUGUCUACUUGGAGGUCGUCGGGGAGUGGCGUUUUAGCAAGAUCCACUGUGACAUCUUUGUCACUCUCGACGUGAUGAUGUGUACAGCCAGCAUCCUCAAUCUGUGUGCAAUCAGCAUCGAUCGUUACACGGCUGUGGCAAUGCCGAUGCUAUACAACACCCGCUACAGUUCUAGAAGAAGGGUGACGGUCAUGAUCUCAGUGGUGUGGGUGCUGUCUUUCGCCAUAUCCUGCCCCCUGCUGUUUGGGCUCAAUAACACAGCCACUCGGGACGCCUCACUUUGUGUGAUCGCCAAUCCCGCCUUUGUGGUGUACUCCUCCAUUGUGUCCUUCUAUGUCCCCUUCAUCAUCACUCUGCUGGUUUACGUGCAAAUCUACGUGGUCCUCAGGAAGCGCAGGAAGCGAGUCAACAACAAACCCAAGCAGCGUGCGAGUCAGGCCGCCGUACCAGAUGCGGCCACUUCACUCAAGGAUAAGUGCACUCAUCCUGAAGACGUGAGGCUGUGCACGGUGAUUGUUAAGACCAACGGGAGUUUUCCUGCCAACAAGAAGAAGGUGAUAUUCAUUAAAGACGUGGCCAACGAAAGGGAAGAUAUGGAGCUGGAUGAGCUCAACAACAGCGGCAGCAGCCAAAAGCAGAAGCCGCAAUGCACCCUGGGAGACACUCCGGCCACUAGCCACCAGCUGCUGAUGCCCAGCAAGGACGGCAACGCCAGCCCCAACUCUUCACCCCCGACGCCCCCCGAGGAGAGCCAAAGGGCUGAGAAGAACGGAGAUCCCGGCAAGGAGGCCCUGGGGGAUCCGGCGCAGAUGGUGGCCAAAGUCUUCCAGACGCAGACGCUGCCUAACGGCAAGACUCAGACAUCUUUGAAAACAAUGAGCAAGAGGAAGAUCUCCCAGCAGAAGGAGAAGAAGGCCACGCAGAUGUUAGCCAUUGUCCUUGGUGUAUUCAUCAUAUGCUGGCUGCCAUUUUUCAUCACGCAUAUCUUGAACACCCACUGCACAAAAUGCAAGGUUCCCGCCGAGAUGUAUAACGCUUUUACAUGGCUGGGCUACGUCAACAGUGCUGUCAACCCCAUCAUCUACACCACCUUUAACGUGGAGUUCCGAAAAGCAUUUAUAAAGAUUUUGCACUGCUAAAAUGCGAACGAUCAGACUGAAGAGGGAUGAAUACAAGCUUUGCAAAUACCUCAUCCUGGAAAGGAAAACACACCACAUUGCGAGCGGGAAUUAAGAUUUAUUUUCUAAGUGACUGAAAAAAAAAAAAAAGAGACUUUUUUUCUGAAAGGUUCUUUUAUGUGAAUUGAUCGAGGAGUCCUUUUUUUCUCCCAAACUGAAUGUACAACAAGAAAUGUCUGUAAUGAUGGCUUGUUUGGUGAAGACAAAUGUACCUUGUUAUUAAAAAAAAAAACAGAAAUUGUGCUUGUCACUACAUACUGUAUACAUCACACACAUACAGGUUGACAACUGCUAUUUAUCGUGUGUAUUUCAUGUUUCUUAAAUGACAAAAUGUUCUGCAAAUCUUAUAUAGUAUAUACAGAGUAUAUACAUACAUAUAUAUAUAUAUAUAUAUAUAUAUAUAUAUAUAUAUAUAUAUAUAUAUAUAUAUAUAUAUAAGUCAAGUCAGUGUUCAUUGCAGUGUUCAGAGAUGUGCGCUCUUAUUCUGAAAAGCUGUCACUAAUUGGGAUUUGUGUUGAUGGCAAACAGACUCUUUAUGGUACUUUGCUGUGUAAUGUGGCUAUGCCAAUACCUACAUCAUUGCAAUUUUAUAAAUUGGACCUUCAUAUUUCAUGAUUAGCGCUGUUAUGAUUUGCUGUAAAUAUGUUUUUUUUCUUAACACAUUUACUGUGUUGUUCAAAUGAUUAUGAUUAUGAUAUGCCUGUGAUGGAAAUGUGAUGCAUGCCACACUGUUUCUCUACUCUCAGCUUCUCAUGAAUUGUAUGUUCAAACGUCCAAAGUGACAAAAGAGGUCCAAUAAAUGAUGAGACGCUG